UGCGUAAAUGCUGCAAACGGACUCUUUUACCCAGGGCGGAGAUGUUAUGUUGUUCACGAGUCUCGUCUCACGCAAAGGGGAAGCACGCUCCUCUCCCUCCUCUGGUAAGUAAAAAGGCCGCACCUUUUCGCCCAAUUACGCUCUCUCUCCCCUCACUCACUCACUCACUCACUCACUCACUCCCAAACUGAGACAGAGAGAAACCCCAGAGCCUGUUCUCGCAUCCUUAACUUUUCCUUAUCUUGAUCUGACAUUUGAUUGGUAAAUGAUAAUCUCUCCUUUGCUCUGAUCUCUGCUCAUUCUCCUCCAAAAAUCCCACCUUUUUCCUCGUCAUUGCUUGUUCAGCCAUGGAGUCUGCGUGAAACUGCCGGGGGGACCGGUCGGGUAGGAGGGAGCUUCGAUGUAUGUUUGGGGUUUGUUGCAUAGACGAAAAUCUCUAGAGCUGUAAAGAAUUAGAACACUGUUGCAGGGAACCUCGAGGAGGCUCCAAAUCUCUCUGGGUUUUAGGGCUCUUGGGUCGAUUUUGGUUGGUCGGUUCGCAGAGAAGCUCUGGGUUCUAGUUUAAAUGGAGGACGUGCAUUUACCGUGGAGGUGGUAGGGAUGGAAGAAAUGUUGGUGUGGGGGAUGACAGUGCUGUAGAUGCAAAUAGAAUGAAGGAAGCUUCGGGGAAUCCCGAGUUUAUUCUGGGAAAUGCUGUAGCUGCUGGUCCUGAGGAGAGUGGGAACAGUAAUCCACAUAAGGAGGUUCGUGUUUCUGGAGACAACAUAUCCCUUUACGUGGAGUUUCGCAGUCCCAAGUGUAAAGUUGGUGAAGUUGGGAAUCCCGAAGAAGCAGGGGAUCGGGAGAACAUGGGGGCGAUUGGCACUGAAGGGUUUGAAUUUUCUGCAGGGGAUAUUGUGUGGGUCAAGACCAAGACGAAGCUCUGGUGGCCCGGAAAGAUUCGCAAUCCAUCAGAUGUGUCUAAACAUAGGGUAAAGACCGAGCCAGAAGGCUGCUUACUUGUUAGUUACAUGGCAAAUGGUCAUGUCUCUUGGUAUCACCCGUCUCAGUUGAAGCCCUUUUACGAGAAUUUUGUGCACAUGUCAAGACAGAAUAAGUCGCGGGGCUUUGUUGCUGCUGUGGAGAGAGCAAUGGAUGAGUUUGGGAUUUGUGUUCAGUCGAGACUCACUUCUUUGUUCUCUCUGCAAGCACAAGGACAAGCAAGUAGUACCAGUGUAAGAUCUAAUAAGGCCUCUACUGUAGGUGCUUAUGGUGACAUCUCCGCCACCCUCUUGGACUCGAGAAAUCUCGUCUCACAUCUCAAGAAUCUUGCUUCGGCCAUUUCCAAGCCUCGGGUGCUCGAGCCUGCGAUCCUGAGGGGCUAUAUAUCUGCUUUUUAUUGUUCUCUCAGGCAUCUCGACUUGUCUACGAAUCUUCUUGGUCCAAUGGCCAAUGCUGAAGUAGCGGCUUCUGGUUUGGGAGUGGAUCUAUCAGUGAAAUCAAAGAACCUAUUGGUAAAUAAGAUUGAGAGUGACAAAGGCGUCCCAGAUAUCUGCAAGAGUGAAGUUGUGGUAGAAGAGCCUAAGAGGGAGUCAAAAUCACAUAAGAAAAAGAGGGCUGACAAUUCUAUCGUUAGAGAUGGUGGCGGCAGCAAAGUUGAAGGUCUCGAUGGGCCAAUAACCCAGGAUGAAGGGUCAGGCUCGGGCUCGACUGAAAAAGGUUCUGACUUGAGGCCAAGGAAGAAGAGCAAGUACUUGUCAUAUCCCUACAUUAAUUUGGAGGGUAAAGGAUCAACUGUCCAAGUAGACAAUGAAGCUGUGGGCUCCGGUCCUGUUGCCAAACCGAGCAGCAUGUUCCAACAGAAGUGGUCGAAAAUAUUUAGCAAAAUCUCGGUAGAGGAGUUUUCGAGCAUUUCAUCAAACGAAUUUCUUCUAGGACUUCGUAUCGCAGCAUCAGGCUGCUUAUAUCCCAUAGAGAGUGAGAAACUAGAGAUGGUUGAAGGGUUCUUUUACAGAUUCAGAAGAUCAUCGUUUCACAGUGACAGGUCCAUCGAUGAAAUGUACAACAACAGUAUGGUUGUGAAAGAGAAGCAGAAUGAGCGAGCUGGUGAAGCAGAAGAGGCAAGGAAGAACGAAAAUUCAGGGAAAAAGAAUUCGGAGUCUCCACCGACUGCCACUGAUGAAAUUGGCAGAAAGGAGAAGUCGGAGGAAAAUAAUCCGGAGUCUCCACUGACUGCAAAUGUGGAAAAUGGCGAGAAGAAAGAGAAGCCCGGGGAAAAGAAUUCGGCGUCUCCACCGACUGCAACCGAGGAAAAUGGUGGGAAUUCGGAGGUGAGAAAACCACCUUAUAUCCUGCCAGAGGAAGUGAAUAUUGGUAUUGCGACCCCGUUGGACUUACCGACUAAAGAUUCAAGUAAUUUUCCCGAUUUGAACGCUGGUGGAAACUCUGCUGUCCGAUCAGAUUUCAGUGGGACAAGUGUUUUGCCUGUCCUUGUCGGAUUCACAGAAGGUGAUCGUGCAAAAAAGAAGAGAAAGAGAAUGAAGGACUUGGUUGAACCCGGGAAGGCUGUCGAGUCCCCUGGCGCAAUACCCAACUUGAAUGGGACUCAAAUGUCUGCAAACUCAUCGGGUAAAGACCCCCAGGGACCAAGCGUGUUUCCUGAUGAAAUAGACCUGAAGAAGAGAAGGAGACAAGCAAGAGGGACCCCUAUUAUCUUGACUUUCUCAGAGGGCAAUCCCAUGCCUCCGAAGGAAGUUCUGGAGGCUGAAUUCUCCAAGUUUGGGACUCUGCAGAAUAUCGUAGCCCCUGUGGUGGAAGAUCCAAACGUGGCCCGAGUCAUUUUCGAGAGGAAAUCAGCUGCUAAUAAGGCACACCGGAGUUUGGAGAAGGGCAAUCUGUUUGGUGGGGCCCUAUUGAAAUUCGAGCUACAAAUCUCAGUCCCUUCAAAGGCCUUACAGAACCUGACUAUGAAGACAGCUUCUUUCUCAAAUGGGGUAUCAACAAACCUUUGUCCUAAACCUCCAGGACCUGCAGCUCGAACUGUUGAGCCCCCAGUUCCUACCCUUACUCCAGUCCUCACCCCAGCUGCACCACUCGAUCACAUAAAGCAAAACUUGGAGAUGAUGACUUUGAUGCUAAAGCAGUCAGGCGACGAUCUUUCGCCCGAGACCAAAGCCAAGCUCGAGCUCGAGAUUAAAGGGCUCUUGAGCAAGGUAAGUACUAGGGUCUGUUCUCCAUCCUCUUGAUUGUAUUAGCUGUAGGGGCAAGUAUUGUCUAUAAUUCUAUCAGAACUAACAGGUCGUCUCCGAGGCCCGGGAUAAAAUUCGGGCCCAGUACUUUUCUAGUGGAUGCUGCUGCUGAUGUAACCCCAUUUUGCUUCUUAGAGACGGUAAUCUUUAGCUUAGAUGGUGAUAUAUCCUUUUGGAUUAUGAACCUAAAUUUUUGUUUGAGUCGGGGUUUCAACUCCCGAUCAACGAACUCGAGUUCGAGUUGGUUUUCAAGUGAUUUUUGUGUCUUCAACCGAGUUAGCAUAUAUCUAUCUGCUGUGUCGUGUAAUUCUCUUGCUGAGAUA